UAGGAGGCGCGACGCUAGAUCUCACGGUGUCGCCUGUACCUUGGCACGAUGCUACUUACAGUAACUCAACAGUAACCAACAGUCAUUCUACGAUACCGCGACAGUAACUCUACAGUAGCUGAGGAGUAAUUCUACAGUAACUCUUCACUAGCUGAGGAGUAAUUCUACAGUAGUUCUACAGUAACUCUACAGUAACAGUGCAGUAGUUUAGGAUCCUGUUACACUGACAGAGGAGAGAAGACCAGCCCAAGCUGGGUGUAACUAGGAAGUGGAGGACGACGUUACGUGAGUCAAUCAAAGCCCCGCAGGCACAGCCGCCAUCUUGUUUUGUGUCGUCUGACAACAGCACGUGUCACGUGCUGCGUUCAUCACACCAGCAGACGACGGUAUAUUUUCGGAAAAUCUCAGCUGGAAGGAACGUGUUAACGGAUUACCUUUCGUGAAAAUGUGUUGCUGUUGUUGUUCUUGGUGUUGUUCUGAAAUGGAUUACUUCUGACGUACAGUCGAAGACGCAACCUCGGUGUUUGAAAUCUCUGUGGACAGGAAACAAACAUCUUACGAUCUGUGUUACUAAUCAGUCGACAUGGGCACUCCAUUCGAUUUCGCCAAUGCCCUGGGACCUAUGAACGGCAGUACCCUGUCUCCCACUGUAUCUGGUCCUGUGUUCAACUUGACCUCCACUCCACCCAUUCUACAGAACAUGUCACAGAUCACGGCGCCGUCCGUCGUUGCAACCCCGCAACCUCCAUACACCACUGUAGAUGCAGUGACGUCCUGGGGCAACAUUGUCCAGUGUCCGCAGAUCGGCGUCAAGUCCGGCUGGUACGACGAGAAGCUGUCUGCCAGUUCACAGAGUCGUGACGUAGGCACCAUCGUCAACAUCUCGUGUAAAGACGGCUCCAAACUGCGCGGGCCCUCUGUGCUACGCUGUCGGGAGAAUGGAGUAUGGAAUGGCACGCAGCCGCACUGUGAAGGCACUAUCAAAGUGGGCCUGCCGAUGUCCAAGUGGUUAGUCAUCGCGGUAUUGUCAGGCUGCAGCGCGCUCAUCAUCAUGGUCGUCACCAUUCUCCUCUGCAAGUUCGUCUGUUGUUCCAAGUCCAGGAAGACCGAGGACGGGUCAUCAUCCGGCGUCACGGCGGACACAACUGACCACGAGUCGAUCAGCCCAUACUACUCCGUGAACAUCCUCAACAGAACACGGUCAGAUGCAACCAGUGACCAUUACGCAAAACCAGAGGUCUACAGUUCUUUCGUCAAUCCUGGCUUCUACGAGGAUGUGUAUGCAAGAUGGCGGAGUCGGGAAGAGCUUACGGAACGGGUGUACGACUCUCCUUGGCUGAUCAACCGGCGGUUACAAGACCAAUGCCAGAACCAGGAGAUGAGGUGGAGCACGAUGAGCCUACAGGCCCACGACCACUACGACUAUGGCAGAUUUGGAAAAAUUCCCCGGUCACAGGUGACGGAUCAAGAGAUUCAAGAUUCGGAACAACUAACGACAUUUUAAAGCCAAACUGACUUGUGUUGUUUUGUAUAUUAAAUGUAUAUAGAAAUUUGAAUGGGAAAUAAAUCUCUUUCUUAACUCA